GGGUGCAGAUGAGCAACAGCGUGAGCAACGGUGUGGGUGUUUAGUUUUUUUGCUCUGGCUGUCCUUGGGAUCCCCUGGGUUGUCUCAGCUCACUGACCUGCCUGGGCUUUUGCAGAGCAAAGAGGUUGCAGAGCAAAUAUUGCUGGGGCUUCCGGGUGACAGGUUAAGUAAGGCAGUUGGUGUUUGAAGGCUGAGGAUCGAGCUCUUAGGGGAUGCUUAAUGUCCCUCUUCCUUGUCGAAGAGAAGCCAACGGUGGGUUUUAAUUAUCCAGAGCGGGCAUGAUUGAGUGCCCCCCCCCAGUGUGGCUAAACCCCCUUGGCCUCUACUGGGAGGUUGGCUGUGCUCUGCUGGAGUGACAGAUUGGGUAGCUCUGUUGCUGUCCUGUGAGGGCUUGCUUAGUAAAUAAUUCAGGAGAAGAAGUAGUCAAGCCCAAGGGCCCUUUUUAUCUCUUCCUCAGUUUUCUGGCAUGUCGGAAAUGGUUUCUUGUGAGCCUUUUAAGACUUGGAGGGUCCCUUUCUGUGCCUUAGCGCAAAGAGAAGAGAAGGAAACAAGUUAGGGAGGCGGUUGAGUUGAGGGCGGACAUUCAAGCUGUGCCAAGGGGAAAAAACUCCUUAAAGCAUUUCCACCCUUUACUUCUGCAGCUUUUGGAAACAGACACCUGACUUCUGGAAUAGUGGACAUUUCCCACACUCUUUUGGAAUAUAAGAAUUAAAGGACAGAGCGAAAUAGGACUCUGGGCUCUUCUGUUUCUGUUGGGAAUUGAUGUUCCAGGAGACUUGACGUUCAGAGAUUGCCAAGGAGUCUUCUUUCCCUCAGUGAACAUGGAUGUGUGGUCCAGAGUAGCAGUAUGGAUCCUUUGUGGUUUCCUUCUACAGCAAGGACAGGGGGAAAGGGCCCCAGGCACCCACCUGGACGAUGCCACGAUCGCAGAGUUCUGUCGCAUCGACCUGCCCUUGUGCCACAAUGAAGAUGAGCAGCUCAGCUUCGAAGCUGUCCGCAGCAUCCACAAGCAGAUGGACGACGAUGCCAAUGGCAACGUAGACGUGGAGGAGAGCGAUGAGUUCCUGAGGGAAGACCUGAAUUACCAUGACCCAACCGCCAAGCACAGCACUUUCCACGGGGAGGACAAGCUCAUCAGUGUGGAAGAUCUGUGGAAAGCGUGGAAAUCGUCUGAGGUGUACAACUGGACGGUGGAUGAGGUGGUGCAGUGGCUGAUCAACUACGUAGAGCUGCCUCAAUAUGAAGAAACAUUCAGGAAGCUUCAGCUCACGGGCCACGCCAUGCCCAGGUUGGCCGUGACCAAUGCCACCAUGACAGGCACGGUCCUGAAGAUGACCGACCGGAGCCACAGGCAGAAGUUGCAGCUCAAGGCCCUGGACACGGUGCUCUUUGGGCCUCCUCUCUUGACCCGUCAUAAUCACUUGAAGGACUUCAUGCUGGUGGUGUCCAUUGUGAUUGGCGUGGGCGGCUGCUGGUUCGCUUACAUCCAGAACCGCUACUCAAAAGAGCACAUGAAGAAGAUGAUGAAGGACCUGGAAGGUCUCCAUCGAGCUGAGCAGAGUCUUCACGAGCUCCAGGAAAGACUACAGAAGGCUCAGGAGGAGCAUCGUACGGUCGAAGUGGAGAAGGUCUCCCUGGAGAAGAGGCUGCAGGAUGAGAUCAGCCUGGCCAAGCAAGAAGCCCAUCGGCUCCGGGAGUUGCGGGAAGGGACGGAGAACGAGCUCAGCCGGCAGAAGUAUGCCGAGCAGGAGCUGGAGCAGGUCCGCAUGGCCCUUAAGAAUGCGGAGAAGGAACUGGAGGCGCACAGCAGCUGGGCACCCCCCGAGGCCCUGCAGAAGUGGCUGCAGCUCACCCAUGAGGUGGAGGUGCAGUACUACAACAUCAAGAAGCAGAAUGCCGAGAAGCAGCUGAUGCUGGCGAAGGAGGGGGCUGAAAAAAUAAAGAAGAAGCGCAACACCCUGUUUGGGACAUUCCACGUGGCGCACAGCUCCUCCCUUGAUGACGUAGACCAUAAAAUUUUAACUGCCAAGCAAGCGCUGAGCGAGGUGACGGCCGCCUUGCGGGAGCGGCUCCACCGCUGGCAGCAGAUCGAAAUGCUGUGUGGCUUCCAGAUCGUCAACAACCCGGGUCUCCACGCCCUGGUGGCCGCCCUCAACAUCGACCCCAGCUGGGUGGGGAGCUCUGCGCGAGCCAACACCUCCCACUUCAUCAUCACGGACGAUGUGGAUGACCUGGAUGAGGAGAUUGUCUCCCCCAUCUCCAUGCAGUCGCCCUGUUUGCCGAGCACCGUCCGCCAGCGCCUUGUGGACCCCCAGCACUCCCUGGGAUCUCAGAGGUUGGUAGAAAGUCACCAGGCGCCCGCCGGCCCGGGUGAUUCAGGGCCGCUGGUCCACUACCUGCCAGCGGGCAGGGUGACGAUGCGCCGAAUGCCCAGCUUCUCCGGCGGCCAACCGUUCAGCUCCGAGGUCCACAGUGCCGCCGCCGCCGCCACGGCCAACCCCGUGGCCUCCCUUCCUGCUCCUGGUCCUGCUCCUCCUUGCUGUUCCACUGCCAGCCACGGGACUUCCUCUGCCUCCACCUGCCACACGCUCCCGAUCCUUUACCAUCACACCAGCUCCUCUUACAUCUUCCAGAUGGACAGCCUCCCUAACCUGCCCCCGCCCGACGUCACUUCUGGGACACGCUGUCGUGCGGAGAGCUUUGGAGACUUGUCUCGCUCAGAUUCCGACUCCUCCAUCCCUCACCUGAGCGACAGCCAGCGCACCUCCAGCUCGGCAGGGAAGCUGCUGCCCCCGCGGCCUGCCUUGCUCAACAAGUCUGUGGAGGAUGGAGCCGCCUGCAGCCUCCUGGCCCUCGGAGGAGGACCCCCCAGCAGCAGCAGCAGCAGCAGCAGCCGGCCCCCAGACCCCUCGGCCCCGCCGGAGAGCCCAAUCCUGAUGAAGAAGGUGAUGAUGCUCAACCACGGCCUGGAGAAGGCGUCCAGCCUCGGGGAGAUCGGCCCCUCGGGGCCGGGGGCCGCGGGGACCCGCCACGCCCACUCCGACUCCUCCCGGUCGCACAGCCCAAGCUCUACCGAGCCCGAGACGCCCUCCCCAACCUCGGAUGGGCGGCCGAACAACAGCGUGGGGAGCAAGAGCAACAGCCGCAUCCCCCACCUAGCUGGCAAGAAGGGCCCGGGCACCUGCGGCGAGGAAGACAGCGGCUCCACGGGGGAGGAGACCGACUCCUCGGGUCAAGGCCGCAAGAAGUUCCCCCUCAAGAUUUUCAAGAAGCCCAGGAAAUAGCCAGGGCGCUUCCAGAAGGAAGGAGGGGAAGCCGCCUGCCCGCCCCCCUCCACUCCUGGGACAGGACCCCCCCCAUCCCCUGUGGAGGGGAGGGGACAAUGGAGCAGGGAGGAGGGGAGGGGAGGCGUGUACGUGCGUGGGAAGGGUCCAGCCCAGGCCGUAUCCCUCCUCCCUUCCCCAAGGACCCUCCUGCUCCCACCGGACAGCUGAGGCUGGAGGCGCCGAGGAGGAGGGGCGGACGUCCCUAUUUAUUUGAUGACCUGGUUCCAGCCCUCUUCCUCCUGAGCGGCUCUGGCUUUUGCUGUGCAUGGCUUUGCAUCACACACCUCC